UCCCGUCAUACACUGGCGGACGCCAGCCAGAGUUGGCAGCUCGCUGCUCUCGCUUCGGCGUCGCGUACUAGCUUGCCGCUGACUUGGACUUAGCGUCGACGCGGACUGGGCGGACAAGGCAGAACAAGAGUUGCAGGCGCAAUGAAGGCACUGAUCCUGGUGGGUGGCUACGGGACGCGCCUGCGGCCGCUGACGCUAAGCAUACCGAAGCCGCUGGUGGAUUUCUGCAAUAAGCCCAUUUUGCUGCAUCAAGUGGAGGCGCUGGCCUCGGCAGGCGUGGAUCACGUGAUUCUGGCCGUGAGCUAUAUGUCUCAGAUGUUGGAGAAGGAAAUGAAAGCACAGGAGCAAAGGCUAGGAAUCCGAAUCUCCAUGUCCCAUGAAGAGGAGCCUUUGGGAACAGCUGGACCCCUGGCACUGGCCCGUGACCUGCUCUCUGAGACUGCGGAGCCUUUUUUUGUUCUGAACAGUGAUGUGAUCUGCGAUUUUCCCUUCCAAGCCAUGGUGCAGUUCCACCGCCACCAUGGCCAAGAGGGCUCCAUUCUGGUGACCAAAGUGGAGGAGCCCUCUAAGUAUGGUGUGGUGGUGUGUGAGGCUGAUACAGGCCGUAUUCACCGGUUCGUGGAGAAGCCACAGGUGUUUGUGUCCAACAAGAUCAAUGCAGGCAUGUACAUCCUGAGCCCUGCAGUGCUGCAGCGCAUCCAGCUGCAGCCCACGUCCAUUGAGAAGGAGAUCUUCCCGGUCAUGGCCAAGGAGGGGCAGCUCUAUGCCAUGGAGUUGCAGGGCUUCUGGAUGGACAUUGGGCAGCCCAAGGAUUUCCUCACAGGCAUGUGCCUCUUCCUGCAAUCAUUGCGACAGAAGCAACCUGAGCAACUGUGCUCAGGUCCUGGCAUUGUGGGCAACGUGCUAGUGGACCCAAGUGCCCGCAUUGGCAAGAACUGCAGCAUUGGCCCCAAUGUGAGCCUGGGUCCUGGUGUAGUGGUGGAGGAUGGCGUGUGUAUCCGGCGGUGCACAGUGCUGCGAGAUGCCCACAUCCGCUCCCACUCCUGGCUUGAGUCCUGCAUUGUAGGCUGGCGCUGCCGAGUGGGCCAAUGGGGGACUGGAAGGGAGUGGCCCACAGGGGAAGAGGAGGAGAACCUCAGAGGAAGACAGUCCCCAUCCCAGGAAUGGAACAAGGAAUUACCAGCCUGCCCUCUGGUGAAAUGCACGACUCUCCAGGCAGCAACGUUCAACCUACUUGAAGCUUCACAAGUCCAAGCACAGUCUGGUGGGGAGGCAUGAAAUCUCCCUUCUCAAAAGACCCCCAGAGGCACUGCAGGCCACUCUAAGCAGAAUCUCUCCCACAAGCCUGUGAGUCAGCGCUAAGGGGCACCAUGGUCUGUGCCCCCAGCUUUUCAGCAGUAAAAAGCCAGCUGAGCAUGGUUAAGAUGGGAGGGCUGAGCCUGAACUCCCUGUCCCCUGAGGGUAGAGUCCUCUUAAGGGCUGGCACUGGUCUUGGCCUAAUGGCGGAAGCAGUGCCCUGGCUUCAUAAGCACCUCACCACUCCCACUGCAGGGAGGCAGGGAAGUGGGGACUGGGGAACCUCUCCCAAGUAGGGGAUGAGAUGGGGGGGAUCCCCACAAAUGUCCUGGAUCCAGUUAUCUUCGAGUUUCUAAUAAAGGCAGUAUGUGCUCAUUCCUGGAGCCUCUGCAGA